AUGGAUGAAUGCUAUCAGAAUACCUUAAAACAACUCAUCGACCGCGCGCCUCGCUCCACUUCUGGGAAGCGCAAGUCGCGCGUGCAGCCUUCGCUCCCCCAGGCAGAGCAUCAUGAGGUUAGCUUCGUUCAGUGUCGGCGAAGGAUGGGCGGCCGCUGGCGUCAUGCCAGUUGGAAGUCUGCUCACCUCCCAUCUAUCAAGCUGGAAAUUGCAGAAGACCCAAGGGCGGCUCCUGAGGCGAAGGGCGAUCACACGCGCGGACUGUCAUGUAGACUCACCAGCGCGCCUGCAUGGGCGAGAUGUGAUAAGACCUUCGAUGAGCAUAUGGUCGACGCGCUGCUCCACCUAGGACUCAAGCUCGCGGGAGACGCCUUCGCGAAGCUCGAUUAUUUCCCAAGAUGGGUGCCCCGAGGCGAGCUUCGUUCAAUGGUCGACGAGCGCAUCGCCGACGAGAAGCCCACCGCACUUGAAUUCGAACCGCCCAACGUCUUCGCCGUCCGCAGCGUCCAGAAGUGGGGUGAGAGACAGCGCUCCACCUCCGUCUGCGCCCAAGGUGGGAGAAGGACGGACGCAGGGAGCGAUACGGGCACCGGCCGCAAUACAGUCGCCCCCGCCGGCCGCGGUACGCGAACGCACGCACGAGGACCGUGCGACGGGGCGCAACUGGCGAAGCCUGACAGGACACUCGGGCGAAGCAGCGAAGCGUCGAAUAUAGCGACGCACCGAAGCGGGCUAUUCUCGCCGAGCUUCUCGGAAGGCCGGGCUUCUUCUAUUACGAUCUGCGCACGUACAAUACUGUAUGCGGCCGUGCGCGGAAUAUGCGACACAGGCCCCGCGCGCUCGCUGGGCGGCGAAAGGCAUGGGCACAGCGUCCGCGAUCCACCCACGGGCCUCGGCGUACCGGAAAUAGCUCGGGGCGUCUGUGCAAAAUUGGCGUGCAAAGCAGCACCGUCAAGACGUAAAACGAACGCUAGUAGGAGACCUGCAAUCGCCGAGAUUACUGCCGGGACGCAGUUGCUUAUGCGUGAAGACAGGCCAAGGCCAGGGCCGACCAGAUCUGCUACCGGCAUCGGUGUCACAAAGUAA